AUGUCUGAUUACGAUUCGAUUCAUAAACGAUACAACGAUGCAGGUCAAUCGCACGUUUUGAGUUUCUACGAUAGCUUAAAGGAAGAAGAAAAAAUUCAACUCUUAAACCAAUUAAACACCAUCGAUCCAAACCGAGUAAACCAAAUUUUUAAAGUAUCAACUCAAAGUGAUUCAUCUGAACCCACAGAUGAUAAAGAUAUAGAACCACCACCGAUUGAUUCUAUUGAAUCAAUUAUAUCAAGUCAAAGUGAAAAUAGUAGUAAAAGUUUAGAAUGGAAACAGAUUGGAUUAAAGGCUAUAAAAGGUGGAGAAGUAGCUGUACUUUUGUUGGCAGGUGGUCAGGGUACUAGGUUAGGUAGUAGUGAUCCAAAAGGGUGUUAUGAUAUUGGACUUCCUAGUAAGAAAAGUCUUUUUCAACUUCAAGCUGAGAAAAUUGAUCGGUUACAAACCUUGGCUGGACAUCAUUCGAUCAUUCCUUGGUAUGUGAUGACUAGUGGUCCAACGAGAAAAGCUACUGAAGAGUAUUUCCGAAAAUCUUCAUUUUUCGGACUCGAUGAAAAGAAUGUGAUUUUCUUUGAACAAGGUGUACUUCCGGCUCUUACCAAUGAUGGAAAGAUGUUUUUAGAAACUCCAUCUCGGGUUAGCGUCGCACCAGAUGGGAACGGAGGCUUAUAUGCUGGACUUCGAUCAAGUAGCUCGUGCUCUUCAGGAGUUUCUGUACUUGAAGACAUGACCAAACGUGGGAUCAAAUAUAUUCAUGCUUAUUGCGUGGAUAACUGUUUAGUCAAAGUUGCAGAUCCGAUCUUUUUAGGCUACUCAAUUUUCAAAAACACGCCUUGUGGAGCAAAGGUGGUAGUCAAGUCAAAUCCUGAUGAAAGUGUUGGUAUUUUAGCACUCAAGAAGAAACGUUGGUCGGUAGUUGAAUACUCAGAGAUGUCAGCUUCUAUGGCUUCAAGUCGUGCUGAAAAUGGUGAAUUGAAAUUCAAGUCUGCCAACAUCGCCAAUCACUUCUACACACUUGACUUUUUGAAAUCUAUUGAAUCCUUCGAGUCUCAGAUGGCCUAUCAUGUUGCACAUAAGAAGAUUCCUCAUAUCGAUCUCAGUACUAAAGAGUUAGUGAAGCCUACUAAACCGAAUGGAAUCAAACUAGAACUUUUCAUCUUCGAUGUUUUUCCUUUUGCAAAUUCUUUGUCUUUACUUGAAGUUGCUCGUCAAGAAGAAUUCUCACCUUUGAAGAACGCACCUGGAACUGGAAGUGAUGAUCCAGAAAGUAGUCGAAGGGAUUUAUUGGCACAACAGAAACGUUGGUUGAUGGAAGCUGGAGCUAAGUUUGCUUCAGAAGAUAUAGAAGUAGAGAUCAGUCCAUUGGUUAGUUAUACUGGGGAAGGCUUAGAGGUUGUUUCUGGAAAGGUUAUCGAUCAAUCAAAACAGAUUAAUAACGAAACAGAUUUGAAUGGCUUUUGA